GCUAUGAAUUCCUCUGAGUAUGGGGAAGCUUCAGAUGAAACAAUGCUUGAAAAAGUGUGAACGCAGUCCAGGACCAAGACCAGACCAAACAGGUGGACUGAGCCCGCCUGAGAGAUGGGUCUCGGUCUGUCUGCAAGUGGACUCUAAUCCUGAGUGAGGCAAGUGUGAACGCUGAUGCCACCAACACUCCAAAGCACCGGAUAUGAUGUCACUAAAUGUGACCGUAACCAUGCGAUGCAUAGCAACACCCAACAGAAAGCUGAGUCAUAAUCAUCAUCAUAACAUAAGAGUUAAAUGUAAACCAGGAAGCGUAAAUAUAAUAGUUAGACAUACAGCGUAUCAGCGGGCUGUUAAAAAGUCUAAAAUCCAAGAAUUUCAAUUUAAUUUUCAAUUUAAUGCCCCAGUUUAUCUUACAAUCUCAUAAAAUGUCUUUAAUACGAUUUUGAAACGUUACUUUUAUUUAAAACAAAAACUUCAGACUUGCUUUUAAAUGUUUCGAUUUUUGAGGACACUAUAACUGUCCUGCAAAACAGAACUUUAGUACCUGUGCAGCCCGGUCAGCAUGUAUCGAGCACAACCGGUUGCUGUGUUACAGCUAGGAAUAGGUACUGAAAACGAUACUUUUAUAGGCACCGACCGAAUUUUCAUCGGUACCACCAAGCACCGAUUCACGUGAAAUUAAAAAGGUACCAUGUACACAAGCCAGAGGGAGGGGGCAAUGUUGACACCAACAAGGAGGAAAAUUAAAGCUACAGAAGCUGAAAUAAGUCAUAGUUUUUAAGUAUACCGAUACAAUAAAACGUACCUGUUUAAUAAACAUCAAUGUUCUGGAAGAAGACACUUAAUACGUGACAAUGAUGUCUGGACGCAUCCCGGUGUGUAGAAACGACCAAACGACAGCCAUAUUUUAACCAAUCCAAACCACCAAAAUGUUUGUAUUCACAAAUGAAUUAGACUGAAAAUCAUGUGCAUUGUUUUUGUUACACAGUGGUCAGUAUACAACAACAAUAACUGUUGGUAGAUAGUAUCAAAAGUAUGUGAGAAAGAACAUUCACAUCCAGCAUCUUUAGUAAUACUUUAUUAGUAAAGCCUGGAAUGUCCCUAUACAACAUUUUAGAUGUAAUUGACAUGUAAUCCAGAAAUUAAAAAUAAUUCACUAUGUAGCAGACAGUUUCUAUUUAAAUUGCUGACUUAAUCUACACUAAUGGGGAUGUCUUUCUAUGCCUCUUUGGAGCACCACAACCACGCGAACCAAAGCAGAUGUCAUUUAAACACACAUUAACACAAUACCGACAAAACGAAAGCUUUAUAGAAAGCUAUAUUAUCUGUUAGACUGACGGCUUCUACAGGGAAAGCUGAUUAACAACCUAUUUCAGUUUAAUUGUUGUUUCAAUAAACUACUUUUUCAAAAUGUUUUUGUCUCACUCCCCCUUCUUGUUUUUGCAUAUUGUAGCUCUACUUAAAACCUCAUUAAGAUCCAAAUGUGCAAAAUGCAAAUUCUAGCAAUUUUUCAACUGGUUUUAAGAUUUUGACCAGGAGUGUAUUACAGUACUUGAAUUUGUAAAAUAUUAUACCUUUUAUUUAUUUUUACUCAGUCCUCUUUUGCUGCUUUGUUUCACACUUAUUUGCCCUUCAUGAACCUAAAUAACACAAUUUUUUCAGGAAAGAGAAGUACGUACAGCUGGGUUUUAGUUGUAGUUAAAGUGCUCAUGCCACCAAAAAAAAAUAAAACAAUAACAAAAUGAAAGUACUGUACUCACUUAAUAAAACAUUUUUGUCAUACUACUGUCAUAGAUAAGCAACUAUGAAAUAGGAGUGACAUGAAGUGGUGAUUUUGAACCCCCCCCAGUGAGUUUUCUGAACAGACGCAAUCUUGGCUGUGACAUCACUGCCAGACGAUAUUCUGAGAACCAGAUGCAAACACAUGCAGCGAUGAACUCACACCAAAGCCCAGAAAGUGACAUAUUCACAACAAUAACACAAUAAUAACAUUCACUGAUAUUGUGUUGUGAUGACUAUAACACACACAAAAAAUGGCUACAAGUGUGUUUUUUUUGCCCGUCAGUAUGUGACACUGACAGCUGCAAAAUAAAAGACCAGUUAGCCCUGGAAUGAAACCCCAUAAUAUUAUUCUGAGAUUCGUAGGAUAGAUGAGUAAAAAAAUCAGUUUUUAUUGCUGAAAGUGACAGACCAACUGCAAGAUAGGCUAGAAAGAAACCCGUGCAUGUGAACACUGUCAAACAGGUGAUGUAAAGGUGCGCAGCCUUUCAGAGGCGCCAGCGUGCAGUGAUAGGAAGGUGGAGAAAAUAACGCAGAGCAAUCGUGAAGUCUGACUUCUUCGUGUUUUGUGAUGCAAAUGUACUCUUUUAAACGCAUAUUGUUUUGAGAAGCAAAACGCUUUACUUUGGUGACCUCACCAAUUGCCAUAACUACUUUUUUCCAAUGCCACAAACUGACCACAACUGGGCUCACAGGACAAAGUGGGGGGAAAGUCACUUUUGAUGCACUACACUGCUGAUGGGAAUGUCAUACAGCAACAACAACAAAAAUUCAAAGUAUCGCUUUCUCAUUUCACUUUUUUCCCCAAUAUGACAGAACAUAAAGCAGAAAUGAUUGUGCUUUUUGGCAGAACGCAAGCAUGUUAAAAAAUGUAAGGAGGAGACUGAGGACUUUGCUGUUUGUGAGGCACCGGGAGAGUGUGGCGGUGGAUCUCCUGGGGCCACUGAGGCUGGUAAACGGACUUCUGCAGAAAUGGAGCAUGACACUGAGCAGUACUCAUGCAGCAAGCGAGUCAGAAUCGCGGGAGAGAUGAGGCGGCACUUGGCAGACGACAGCAGUCGACAUGAGCCCCUGUGUCUCAGCACGAGCGGAGAGAAGAGGGACAACAUCCAUGGGAAACCCAGAGUGUCUUAUAGAAAGCCUCUCUUCAGCAUCUCCCACAGGAUCUCAGAGAAGAAGAACACACCAGGUUUAGAUCAUCAGGCUGGCCAAGGUGCUGGACAUCAGGCUGGCCUCUUCUCUUCCUCUCUCCUAAGUUCAGAAGGAAAUGGCUUAUUGGAGGCUUUGCCAAGCCUUGACUGUUCAGGCCAAGCGUGGUCAGAAGACUCUAACCUUUACCCUCUGAUUGAGAAAAUGUUUUUCAUUCUAAAUAGCCUCAGUUCCAGCAUGACUCAGUUGCAUAGCAAAGUGGACCUGUUAAGUCUGGAAGUCAUGAGGAUAAAGAAGCAGAUCAAACCAGUGGAGAUGGUGGCAGACUUCCAGCCUCCUCCAGAGUAUCUGCUAACAAGCGAGGAGUUGACUUCUUUAACAGAGCAAACAUCCAGUGCUGGGGAACUGGGGUGCCGCUUACUGGUUCAUCUCUUCCCCGAGCUGUUCAAAGCCAGGGAGUACUCCCAUGACUGUGUGACAAGCAAGAGAUCACUGGAGUCUCUACAUCUGCAGCUGAUCCGUAACUAUGUGGAGGCAUGCUAUCCCUCGGUCAGGAACCUCAGUGUUUGGCAGGGAGAGUGUCUCCCUCAGAUCAAUGACUUUUUUAAUCGUUUCUGGGCUCAGAGGGACAUGGAGAGUGCGAGGAUGCUGAGAAAGCAGACAAUGGUUGGAGAAGAUAUCAUCGAGCAUCCUCAAACCUAUCGUUUCAUAAACGAGCAGGGCCAUGAGGAGCACAUCUCUCAAGGUAACCAGCAGAGCAGUUUGGUUGGACCAUUAAAUGAUCAAACAACAGAGGAGCUGGAUGAGCUCACCUCUCCUGAAGACUUAGUCAUUUUCCUUAUGCACCGACUCUUCCCUGAGCUUUUUGAAGAGGGUACUAAAGUGCCAGAGGGCUCGAAUUGUUUAAACAGUGUGGGCCAGCUGAUUCUAGACUCAGACAGGAUGGAAAUCAUUAAAAAGUAUAUGGAAACUAAUUUUCCUGAUGUGCCUGAGGAAAGCUGGCUUCAGGUGUGCAUUCAGCAUAUGGAGGAUACACUCGAUGGUCCUCACAGCAAUGGCAAUGGAAGUGAGCCUGACAACAUAGACGAGAGGUAUGACCUGGCCAGCAUCCAUGAAGAAGGUUCUGUCUUGAAGGUUCCGGAGAUAUGUGACAAUGAAAGGACCUCACGAAAGGCCAAAAAGUCGCUGCUAUCGCCUAUUGAUUUUGACAACAUGGAGAUUCCUUUACCAAACUUUACUGUUCCACAGGAGUUCCUCUUGUCCAAAGAGCAGCUGAAGUAUAACUAUGAAUGUAGCUUGUCCAUCGGGAACUUCGCCUCCCGCCUGCUGGUCCUCAUGUUCCCUGAGCUCUUCACCCACGAGAACAUCAGGAAGCAGUACAACUGCAGCGGUUCUCUCGGGAAAAAGCAGCUUGAUCCCCUUCGUGUGAACCUGGUCCGUCAUUAUGUGCAGCUUGUCUACCCACGAGCAAGGAAUGAUCGAGUGUGGAUGGUGGAGUUUGUGGGAAAACUUGAUGAGAGAUGCCGUAGGCGGGACACUGAGCAGAGAAGAUCCUACCUGCAGCAUCGCAAAGUGUAUGGUCAAGAUGCAGAACAAGACUUUCUCCUGAACCAGCUCCAGGAAGAUUCAGAAAUUCCCUCAUUGCCACCUGAGAAAAGCAGUAAAGACUUUUGCAAAAUUCCUUUGGAUGAACUGACUGUAUCCAAACCCGACUUCCCAGUUCCGUCAGCUUACCUUCUCUCGGAUGCGGAGGUUCGGGAAAUAGUCCAGCAGAGUCUCUCUGUUGGGAACUUUGCUGCAAGACUGUUGGUGCGCCUCUUCCCUGAGCUCUUCACGCAGGAGAACCUACGGCUGCAGUACAACCAUUCAGGGGCCUGCAACAAGAAGCAGCUGGACCCAAUGCGCCUCAGACUCAUCCGUCACUAUGUGGAAACAGUGUAUCCUGUGGAGAAGAUGGAAGAGGUGUGGCACUACGAGUGUGUGCCAAGCAUAGAUGAGCGCUGCCGGCGCCCCAAUCGGAAGAAGUGUGACAUUCUGAAGAAGGCCAAGAGGUCAAACACUGUGUUGUAGGCACAGCACUCCCCACCACCAGACAAAUACUUUAUCAUUGCACAGCAAAUAAGCUCAAAUUUUACAAACUUGUCCUUUCUAGGAUGAAGCCAACCUGUUAUGUUUCUUCAAUUCUUAUUCCCACUUUGGCUACAGAUGUAUGACUUGUACUAUUAUUGUUGGAUAAAGAGUUUCAAAA